UCAUCAUCCAACGAGAGGGCGGAGUCCCAUAUGCCAUUAUUGCAGCUGCGGAGGUCGCAAUUCCUCUCUCUUGGAUAAGCAUCGCUCCGCCUCUUCGCCUUCGUAUAAGCGAAACUCCUGUCCGUUUCACAUAUCCCGCUCCCGCCACGACCGUGCGCGCGCUCCAGCCUCCAGGGGUAGCCAAGCUCGCAAGAAUCGUCGCCAGCGAGGAGGAAGACGAGGAGGAGCGCCAUGGCGAGCGUGGUCAUCGAGAGCCACGACUCCGCGGUGGCCGGCGGCGGGGACGUGGUGUUCUGCGUCAUCAUCCUGUGCAUGUCCGUGCUGUCCUUGGUCAUCUUGGCGGCCUCCUCUGCCGUCGGCAGCGGCGACGGGGAAGAGGAAGGGAGGCUGCGGCGGCGCUCCGCCUCACGCGGGAACGGGCCGGUGUUCGUGGGCGGCAGGGGCUGCGCCUGCGGCGGCUGCCGCGCCGGCGCCGGCGUCUGCGGCACCUACCUCUCGUGAUCACCGCCGACCGUGCACGCGCCGCGCGCGCACUCCACAUGUACAUACAGCGUGGACGCACUCACCGCAUAACGUAAGGAGGAGCAUCGAUCGGAGCUCUCGCCAGGCUUGCGCAUGGCUACUCCGUUCUUCCUUUUCCUCUGUUUGUACUCCCUAAAGUAGUAUAAGACGUUUUAGAUCACUAAAAGGCAUAUUACUUACUACUGAUAGAUGCACAUCCUGUGAUGUGAAUAAGCUGCAAGAGCAUGGAGUGUUUUAUCUGUUCCUUGAAUAAUCAUCGAUCCAUGUGCGAUCGGUUGCUUCUUCUA